CUGGCAAUUAUAAGUUUAACUUUAACAGUGGAGAUGGCCAAUGGUGGAGGAGAUCCAGUUAUAUUAGCAACUGCUGGUUAUGAUCACAGAAUCAGAUUUUGGCAAGCACAUAGUGGCAUAUGUCACAGAACAGUACAACAUCCUGAUUCUCAAGUAAAUGCAUUGGACAUAACUCCAGAUAAACAGUUGAUAGCUGCUGCAGGUUAUCAGCAUAUUCGCAUGUAUGAUAUCAAUUCCUCCAAUCCUAAUGCUCUGAUCAACUAUGAAGGUGUCCAGAAGAAUGUCACAUCUGUUGGGUUUCAUGAAGAUGGGAAGUGGAUGUAUACUGGAGGAGAAGAUCAUACUGCCAAAAUAUGGGAUUUAAGGUCUAGAACAUUACAAUGUCAACGAAUAUUUCAAGUGAAAGCCCCAGUUAACUGUGUGACAUUACAUCCUAAUCAGGGAGAACUCUAUGUUGGAGAUCAAAGUGGCUCUAUUCAUUGCUGGGAUUUGAAAACAGAUAUUAAUGAACAUCUGAUUCCAGAACCAGAAGCAGCCAUUACUUCUGUUAGCAUUGAUCCAAUGGGUACACUAAUGGCAGCUGUCAAUAAUAAGGGUAAUUGUUAUCUAUGGACAAUGACCACUAGUAGGUCAAAUGGACCUUCAAAUUUACACCCAAAGAAGAAAUUUCAAGCUCAUAGCAAGUACAUUCUCAAAUGUCUUUUUAGCCCAGACUCAACGCUCUUGGCUACAACAUCAGCAGAUGGCACUUGUCGUAUUUGGCGAACAGCUGAUCUAUCUUUAUGUACUGAACUUAAGGAUAAGUCUCAAAGAUGGGUGUGGGAUUGUGCUUUUAGUGGUGACUCACAAUAUAUUAUUACAGCCUCUUCUGAUAAUAAUGCCAGACUAUGGAGUGUAAAUGAUGGACAAAUCAAAAGAGAAUACAAUGGUCAUGAAAAAGCAGUUGUUUGUUUAGCAUUUAGGGAUGAAGUUGUUGCCUAAGUUUUAUUUUUGGUGUAAGAUUCCUGUAUGUGAACAUUUAAUUUAUUAAAUUGUUUUACUUUGUACAAAAGAAAAAGUCUGUGUGUGUAUGUUUAUAAAAGCAUUAUUUUAGUUAAAGACAUUUGACAUUAGGUACUGAGAAUGUAAGAGCUAAUGAAUAAGUCGUUUGUGUAAUUACACUGAACAAAUGAUCAACAAUUAAAUGUAAAUUUAAUAUAGAUUUUUUUUUAAUUCAGUUUCUACCCUAUAUCCAAACUUAAACUUGUUAUGUGACUAGAUAAAUGUUAACAAUGAUCUGCUUAUAAUAUCCUAAAAAUUAAGCUUGCUGACAUGGAAGUUAAAUACAAGUACAAAUAAUAUUGGUGGUCAAAAGUAAUUUGAAAAAGUAAUAAAUAAUGAACAAAAAAAAAUCACCUAACAAAUAGAAAAAG